AUGUAUUCUAACUAAGACCCUGAAGAUUAAUUCGAGUUGAAUGAAUUGAUUGGUGAAGGAGCUUAUGCUAAAGUUUAUAAAGGGAAACAUAAGAAUGGCUAAAUAGUAGCUAUAAAAAUAGUUCCCUCUAAUGGUGAAAUACAGUCAUUAAUUAAGGAAAUCUAGAUCUUAAAAGUAAUAUUAUUGAUGUAAGUAGGAAUGUUAACAUGCUCAUAUAGUAUAAUAUUAUGGUUCUUUUUAUAAGGAUGGAAAUUUAUGGUUAGUUAUGGAAUAUUGUGUAGGAGGGUCAAUUAUUGAUUUAUUGAAAAUCACUUAAAAGACAUUAACUGAGUCAGAAAUUGCAGCAAUUUUAUAUCAUGUACUUCUUGGAAUUGAAUAUUUACAUGCAAAUAAAAAGAUUCAUCGAGAUAUUAAGGCAGGCAAUAUUUUGUUGGAUGAGAAAGGAACAAUUAAAAUAGCUGAUUUUGGAGUGGCUGCAUAAUUAAUAUAUACAAAUGCAGAUAAAGUAUUGUUAUUCUAAUAAAAAGGGUACAGUAAUAGGCACUCCUGUUUAUAUGUCUCCUGAAGUUAUAUCUAAAAAUCGAUAUAAUCAUUUAACUGAUAUUUGGUCUUUAGGAGUUACUGCUAUUGAACUUGCAGAAGGUAAACCUCCAUAUUCUCAUAUUCAUCCUGUAAGAGCAAUGUUUGCAAUUAAAAAUAAUCCACCUUAAGGUUUAACUAAUCCUGAAAGGUGGUCUAAGGAAUUUAACGAUUUCGUUAAAUCUUGCUUAAAAGUUCAAGUCUCAGAAAGACCUACUGCUUAAUAAUUACUUUAAUCUCCAUUUAUUAAAUAAGGUAAAUAAGAUUAAAAGAAAUUGGUUAAUCUAAUAGAUAACUUUCUUAACUAAAUUGAUGAAUAUAGAUAAUUAAAAAUUUAAGGUAAUUUAGAUAAAGAUUAAACUUUGGUCUCUAAAUAAGAAAAUAGCGAAGAUGAAGAAUAAUCGUGUGGAACUGUUGUGGAAUGUGGAACACUUGUUAUUAAAGAGGAUGAGAAGAUUUAAAGUAAAAAUGUAAAAGAGUUAGAUUUUGUUGCUUAUGCUAAAAAAGAAAAAAUUAUUAAUGAAAUUAUAGAUGAAUAAUUAAGUGAUGAAUAAUAAAUGGAAAAUAUGAAUUAAGAUGAGAGAAAAAAGUUUUUAUCAUUCUUGCAAGCAUAAAUGGAAGAAGAAAUUUAGAAGGUUAAAUAAAAUUAUAUGCCUAAAAUUGAAAUGCUUACUCAAAAAAUUAAAUAAAAUGAAUCUCCUACAUUAAUAAAGCCUUAAGAAUUGAUUCCUCAAAGUAAACCUUAGUAAAUAAUACAAAUUCAAUAAUCUCAAUUAAUCAAAUAAUAAUAACAAUAAUAAUAAUAACAAUAAUAAUAAUAAUAAUAAUAACCACAAAAAAUUGAAAUCUCGGUUCCAUUUCAAGUUAAUCCAGAAGUUUUGUAAAAAUUAUCUAAUAUGAAAAUUCCAUAAAUAAAAUUAUAAAAUAUAGGUUCUCCAACAGCAUAAUUAAGAUCUAAUCCCAAAUAAAAAGUAAAUACAGAGUAUUUAAUAAAAUAAAAUUUUAAUUCUAAUCAUUGA